ACAGGAACUAUAGUUUAAAGGGGACUGGUCUGAAUAUUGUGUAACUCCGCUAUAUAAGCGGCUAGAUGAGCAACUUGUGUUAUUUAUGUAAUCAGAACAGUUUUUGUCGAUUUGGAAUCUUGUAGGAAGUAUAUAAUAUGCGCAGAACUUCUUUUAAUAGAGAGGAGCAGUGAGGUGAAGAAGAAACAUUUAUUACAACCGGCAAAUUACAUGUCAUUAGCUAAUACUGGGGUUACAUUUUUUGUACUGCUAUUAGCUUCUUUGAAAUUUUAUUUUUUACCAAGAUGUGUUUAAUAAUGAGUUAGGUUCUAACGGCCAUUUCUUGUUGAGGCAUCCUUACAAGUAACGUUAUUUAUUUCCGCUUUUGACAAAUUUGUAAUGAUGGGAGUUGGAACAGAGAACAGAGCCCCGAGCACAUCAAGUAGAUUUGCGUUUCACGUCGAGGAAGGAAAAAAGGAGGCAGAGGUUCUCAAGACGACAUCAGGCAAUGCUGAAUCCAUGAAACUGGCGAGUGUUGAUAAUCAGUCAGAGGAACCGCGAGGGACUUGGAGUCGACGGUUGGAGUUUGUGCUCGCCACCGUCGGUUAUGCUGUUGGUCUGGGAAACGUGUGGCGCUUUCCGUACCUGUGCUACAGGAGCGGAGGAGGUGCAUUCUUGAUUCCCUACUUUAUCAUGCUGCUUCUCUGCGGCAUCCCGCUGUUGUUUAUGGAGUUCACUAUCGGACAGUACACACGACUGGGGCCGGUUCAUGCUUUGGCAAAAAUAUGUCCCCUCUUCAAAGGUGUGGGACUGGCGACGGUGGUCAUUUCUUACGUGCUUUGCACCUACUACAAUGUUCUCAUGACCUGGGCGCUCUACUACCUGCUCAACUCUUUCAGCCCUUCAUUGCCAUGGCAGUCCUGCAACAACACGUGGAACUCAGCUGGCAAUUGUUCCACUGGAUUUCCCGGUAAUGCAACACAUCUGAAGUCAGCGAGUCAAGAGUUCUUUGAUCAUAAGGUGCUCGAAAUGACAGGAGGAAUUGAGAAUGCUGGAGGGCUUCGCUGGGAACUGUUUGGCCUUCUAAUUUUGGCCUGGGCAAUUGUUUAUUUCUGCAUCUUUAAAGGGGUCAAGUCCACUGGAAAGGUUGUGUACUUCACUGCUACGUUCCCCUAUUUCAUACUGUUUGCAUUGUUGAUCAAUAAUGUCCGACUGCCUGGAGCGAAAGAUGGUAUCCUCUUCUUUCUCAUGCCUAACUGGAAUAAACUCCUGGAAGUGGAGGUGUGGGUGAACGCCGCUGCCCAGAUCUUUAACUCCAUUGGAAUCUCCUUUGGUUCCAUGAUAUCUAUGGCCAGUUACAACAAGUACAACAACAACAUCCUCAAAGACACAUUUAUUGUCUCUCUGGCUAAUUCAGCUACCAGCAUCCUGGCUGGCUUUGUCAUUUUCUCUGCCAUUGGCUAUAUGGCCCAUAUUCACAACCUGCCUGUGGAUGACAUUGCCACAGAUGGACCUGGUUUGGUGUUUGUGGUGUAUCCUGAGGUCUUCUCCACCAUGCCUUUCGCUCAGAUCUGGGCUCCUCUGUUUUUCAUCAUGUUACUCUGUCUUGGACUGGACAGUCAGUUUGCCAUGGUAGAAGUGGCUGUAACGUUUAUCAUGGACGGUUUUGGCAAGAAAGCUUUGCGUUUUUUUAAGAGGAAAGAGCUGAUUGUUCUGGCGGUGUGCAGCGUGGGCUUUCUGCUGGGGAUUCCUCACAUUACCAGGGGUGGGAUAUACGUGUUUCAGCUGAUGGAUCAUUAUACGGCAGUGGUGUCUCUCAUGUUUCUGGCCUUCUUCGAGGUUCUCGCCGUCACUAUCAUAUUUGGAGUUAAAAACCUCAGUUUGAUGGUGGAGAACAUGCUGGGAAAGAAACCAAACGUAUUCUUCCGUGUGUGUUGGCAAUUUUUGUCGCCCAUGCUUGUGCUGGGUAUUUUGAUCUCCAGUAUUAUUCAGUAUACACCAGCUCGAUAUGGAAAGUCUUACACUUACCCGGUUUGGGGCGAAGUGGUCGGCUGGUUCAUCUCUCUGGUCUCCAUCAUCUGGAUCCCACUGGGUGCCCUGCAUGAGCUCUGCACCACCAAAGGAUCUCUACUUCAGAGAUUGAAGGUGUCCAUAACUCCAACUGUAGAUCUGAAGUCCGUUUCAGAAAAACCUGCUGCUGAGUCUAUUGCAUUAUUUACUGACCCUUAGAGUCACACAUUUGUUUGUGUGUGUGUGUAUGUUAUGAAGGUGUUUACUUAUUAUAGAUACAGAGUAGCUCUGUAAACUGUAAAAAUUCAAUGUUAAUGUUUUUAUAAAAAUAUUUAUAUUUUGUUUAUUGUAUCUGAGAUUAAAGCUGAAUCAUACAAAAUGAUCCCAGAAUUACAAUAUGGCAAUUGUACUAUUGUGGAAAUAUUUUACAAGAUUUGAGAUUUAUUUAUUUAACUAUUUGAUCUCUUAAUUAAGAGGGCUUUGUUAUAUUAAAUACGUUUUAAUGUCAGACAUUAGCUUUUAUGCAAAUUGUUUUUCUUCCGGAAAGAAAUCAGCCUAUCUGACAAUCUAAUGAUGAUGAGGGAGAGAGAUAACAGGAUUAUUUCUCCGUUAUUUGAGACUUGAAAUCGUAAAGCUGAACUUUAGCAUUUUGAUACACUGAGAUGAAGGACUGAAAAACAUGUCUACACUUUAUGAACAAAGUAAGAUUGAUGCCACUGUACAGAAAAAUUCCUUCCCAAAACAAGAUAUUUUUAUACUUUUUUUUUAAUCAGCUUAUUGUGUAUAUAACAACAUUAACUUUCAUAUGCCUUAGCACAUUCAUAGUGUGUUUAAUAGAUUACAUACAGUAACAAUACAGCAAAGCUGCUUUUUGAGGAUCGCUGAUGCCUUUGUGUUCACAAAGAGCCAAGCGUAAAUGUACUACUUUUUAUAAUGGUGUAUUGUUUGUUUUUUUCAUGAACUUUGCAAAACGUAUUCAAAUGUUUUAAGUGGCAGAAAUCUUUAUUUUUGGCCAAACGUCUACAAAAAGUAGAGCGUAACUAAAAAUGUGUGUGCUGGUUUGUGUAAGCACUGUUGAAAAGUAACAUUGCCUGUGUAUUCUGAUAGAGCUUUUACUACAAUCAAUGUUUACAUUUUAAACAAGUUACACAAUGACUUGCAUGUUUUUAUUUGAAUUUAAACUUUGCAAAUUAAAGAAAAAUUAAACUUUUUCAAGUGAG